ACAACUUUCGGCUUUCUUCUUCUCUGGUUUAUCUCAAUAUUCUUUGAUUCUUAGCUUUGAUCUUCGUUCUUGAAUCCAUAAACAGCCAUGAAAGACGGCGAAGGAGGAGGAGGAAGAGGCAGGGCUAUGCUUUCCAAGCUCUUUCAAACGGAAAGAUCAUCGUUUGGCAGCGAGGAAGACGAGGUCUCACCGCGUGGUUCCGGCAGCCCUUGUUACCACUCCGACAAGAAUCUAACAAGCGCCGACAGCUCUCCGACACCGUACGACAUGUCUCCGUCUCCAUUUCUCAAGUCGCCGUGGAUUCUAGCUUCUCCGGCGUACCCUUUCCCGGAAGACCCAACGGCCGGGUUACUCGGCUCUCUUGUACGUGAAGAAGGACAUGUGUACUCCCUUGCUGCCUCCGGCGAGCUUCUUUACACUGGGUCUGACUCUAAAAACAUCAGGGUUUGGAAAGGGAGGAAAGAGUUCUCAGGGUUUAAAUCAAAUAGUGGAUUGGUUAAAGCCAUAGUGGUCGCCGGAGAUCGGAUAUUCACCGGCCAUCAAGAUGGGAAGAUACGUGUAUGGAGAGUUUCAAGCAAAGACCCCACCGUACACAAGCGUGUGGGGACAUUACCGAGUUUGAAAGACUGGUUGAAGAGUUCCAUCAAUCCGAACAGCUACGUGAGAGUUCGCCGGCACCGGAACACGCUCUGGUUGCGCCACUAUGAUGCCGUGUCUUGCUUGAGCUUGGAUAAAGAAAACGGACUUCUUUACUCUGGUUCAUGGGAUAAGACAUUCAAAGUUUGGAGAUUGUCGGAUUGUAAGUGUUUGGAGUCGGUGACGGCGCAUGAGGAUGCGAUAAACGCGGUGGCGGUGGGUGGCGGUGGAGUGGUGUUUACGGGGUCGGCGGAUGGGACGGUGAAGAUGUGGAAGAGAGAGGAAGGGAGGCAUAAGUUGGUGAGGGUGUUGAUGAGGACGGAGUGGGCUGUGACGGCGUUGGUCGUCGGAGAUGGGGUGGUGUACGCCGGGACGUCGGAUGGGUUGGUGAACUUCUGGGAAUGGAGGAGGAGAGGGUUGGAACAUGGUGGAGUUCUUAGAGGGCAUGCAAUGGCAGUGCUUUGCAUGGCCAUGGCGGGGAGGUUGGUGAUCAGUGGAUCAGCGGAUAAGACGGUGUGUGUUUGGCGGCGGGGAGAUGACGGUGAGCAUGUGAAGCUUGCGGUUUUGACGGCGCAUGAAGGUCCGGUGAAGUGUUUGGCGGUGGAGAAGGAGGAGGAGGAUGAGGAGGGUGGUGGUGGCGCCGGCGAGGUAGAGAAGAGAUGGGUGGUUUAUAGCGGCAGUUUGGAUCGGUCGGUGAAGGUGUGGAGAGUGACGGAGAAGGUGGCGGAGAAUGGUGGGGUCCACCGGACACCGUUGCACGUGCCGAGGAGCACGUACGUGUACUGAGAUAUGUGUGGGUUGACGUGUCGUGUUUUGGUUGGUUGGUUUAUGAGAAAAAAAAGAUCAUGUUGGUCGGUGACUCCAAGAUGUAAAUAAUAAAUACCCAACUUAAGUUUUUUAUUUUUUAUUUUGUUUAAAUGAGUUGUGGAGUGUGUGACUUGAUAUUUUAUAUAUUUAGAGUAAUUAUGUAAAGUUAUGUAUAUGAUGAGGUGUUUUUAUGUGAAUAUAAAAGAGAGAAAUAUUUAUGUAGUUAA